AUGAAAAUUUCAAGGGGAUUGCGUAUUGUAAAGGCACGGUGGAACUGUACGAGACAGUGCACGGUACGCGUACAGUGCGUAUCACAACGACGAUGCGCAUUUUCAACGUUGAUACGAUCAGCCCGAUACCAACGCCUCAAUCGACUAUCGCCAAAAAUCAACACGUGCAAACCGAUGACCCAAACUUCAUCAACGAAACAACGAACAGUAAUGACACAACUGAGUAAACGGAAAGUUAUAACGAGGGAUGUUGCGAUGCAAUUCGAUAGAAUGUUAUAUUAUAAAGAUAUUGAGAGGAUUAUCAAUCAUGUUAUUAUGCGAAUAUUUUCAUCGAAACGAUUUGCUGCAGCUUUGAACGGAAAGGCACAAAAAUCGAAUAAUCAAGCGCCGCCACUCGGCGCGAAUCGUCUUAAUCGUACGGGUACAAGGAAUCGUUACUGCACACUCGUAAACAAUCGGAACAAUCAAGAUUCACUGAACAAACUAUCGAGUUAUAAUCGAGGUUUCAAUGUGAUAUCACGACAACAACUGCUACGCACACUCGAUCGCAUCAUCGAUCAAAAGCAACAAAUCAUUUUAAAUGAGCGAACGUGCGCCUCGAAGUCUCUGCCGUUGUCUCGCAUAAGAACAAAUCUUCGGCAUUCCGAGAAUGCAAUCGAGUCAAAACGAAAAGACCAAUGCAAAAAUGGUUGA